AUGCACUGCGGCAAGACGUGGAAUUUGCUGAGACAUCUUUUGGAUACGAAAACGACCAAGUCUCGCCAGCACCACAACCUGGCCAAGAUCGUCCACAGGGCGCUCACCGAGCACGGGGAAGACGAAGUGAAGAAACUCCUCGACGACAAGUACCUGCCGGUCACUCCCACAGAAACGCAGCUGGACUUCCUACGCGAAGCAAAUGAGUGGCUAGAUCAAGACAUUGAAGUAUGGGAAGUAAGAGCUGCCCUGCACGAUCUCAACAGCAAGUCCGGCGCUGGUCCCGACCGCGUUACGAACAUAGCGCUAAAAAAUCUUAACGAAGUGGCCAUCGAGAGCCUUACUGCAUAUUUCAACAAUUGCUGGUGGCAGAGGUACCUGGAAGAUUCGGGGCUUUACCCAAACACCGUCAUCGGGUUCCGAAACAAACUCGGAACUCAGAACGCCAUGAUACAUCUGAAAAAUGAAAUCCUCGAUGACACUACCAACACGAAAGACAAGCGAGCCGUCUUGGGUUUGGACCUGCAGAGCGUUUUUGAUAAAGUGAGACACUCUGCUAUCCUGGCCCAGGUGUCACGGCUAAACAUGAGCAAGAUAAGAUAUGCGUACAUCAAGGAUUUUUUGACGGAGCGGACCACCGAGAUCAUCGCCCGUGACCUGCGGCUCCAAAAGAAGCUCGGCAGUGUCGGGACCCCCCAGGGCUCAGUCAUCUCGCCAUUGCUUUUCAACCUUGUAAUGAUAGGGGUGGCCGAGCGGCGCUUGCGAGUCGCCGGGGUCCAACGCACCAUCUUUGCUGACGACAUAACGCUCUGGGUCCCAGGAGGAAGCUACGGACACAUCGAGAAUACAUUGCAAGAGGCGGUUGACGCUAUCGAGGAGCAGCUGGACUGGUCUGGGCUCGUCUGCUCCCCAAGCAAGUCUGAGCUGUUGGUGAUUCCACCGAAAGGAGCAGCUAGGAAGAGAAAAGGCAACGAACCUGCGAGAGAGCAAGAGACAGUAAAGAUCAACACGAGCGGUGGUCACACGAUCCCGGAUGCCGAGAAGAUCCGAGUGCUGGGUAUACUGAUUGAGCGCAAACGAGUGAACGGCGAGACGGUCAACCGUUUCGCGGCCAAAGCCACCACGGCCAUUCGCCUCAUCAAGGGGGUGUCACACAGAACAGCAGGCAUGAAGGAAGAAAGCCUCAUCCGGCUAGUGGAAUCCUUCGCUAUAAGCCAUAUUGCAUACGUUGCUGCUUUCCACAAUUGGAGGCAGUGCAAGCGAAAUAAGAUCAAUGCGCUCAUACGCAAAGCGUACAAGGCAGCAUUCGGACUUCUCGACUGCACAAGAACCGACAAGUUCCUGGCCCUGGGAGUGCAUAACACCCUGGAAGAAAUCGCCGAGGCGCACAGGACCGCCCAGCUCGCCGCGGUCCUCUGCGUGCAGGCCUAG